AUAAGUCACCAAUCGACAUUAACCCACCUCUAAUGUAUCGCAACAUAAACAAAGUUAAUAUUAAAUAAAGGGGCCAUAAUUUCUCAACAAUUUGUUGUUGAGUAACUAGUAAUUAGCUAUUUGACAUGUCUCUCUUUCCCGCCUACGGCGCUGGCCGCACCUCAGCAGCCGGCAGUGCGAAACAGACGACGAAACCAGGUGAAGAGGAGCCGUCGACAGGCGGGAAUUGGAAAAAAAACGAGAGUUACAUCAAAAAACAUGUGAAUAUAGCAACUCAAGGACCCGAAUCGGACAGUUCCUCCAGUACGGAGGACUCCGAGGAUGAGGCGGACAAGCGCAAGCAAGACGAUGUUACCAAAACCAAGAAUGUACACCGGGGUAAGACACUAGAAUUCGAUAGCAGCGAUGGGUUUUAUGUGGACAAGGUGGGCAACAGCUCCUAUAGAAACAUCAAAACCCUGAAAAAACCCGCAAGACCACGCUACAAAACCCGGAUGAAACGACUGGGUGAUGGAAAAUACAAUCCCCAUGACUUCUCAAGGGCUCACUCCAAAUUUUCCCUAAAACGUAGUCGCUACGUCAGAGAGAAACUGAUCGCUGAUGCACCCAGCGAAGAUGAGGUGUCCAGGCUGCAGGAGCAGCUCAUACGCACCAAAGUGCUCGUCCAGCAGGAACCCGAGGUACUGGACCACUGGCUGCAGCUGCACCGUCUGCUCAAUCUCAACUUGGACAAGGCCAAUCGGCUGGCGGUGGCGGAACAACAGAUACACAGCCUGGAAACGGCCAUGGAGCACCAUCCGUCCAAUCAACAGAUUCUGCGGCUCUACACGCACGUGGCCAAUGCCACCUAUCAGGCCAACGAGGUUGCUAGGCGAUUCGAGAAAAUGCUGAAGAGAAACCCAUUCCAGUACACACUGUGGAGCAACCUAAUAAUGAUCACCCAAGGCGACAUGGCUUGUUGCAACGUGUCCGCUGUGCUCCGGAUUUACGAGUACAGCAUGCGCCGCAUGCAUGUGGGACACAACGAUGAAAUAACCCGAAGAUUCAUCAUUAAGGAGACUGAUGUGAUAAUGCUAAAACUUUUUCACAAUUGCUUACUAUUCCUACGCCAAUCGGGCCAUACUAACUGGAUGUUUGCUCUGAUUCGUUUGUCUAUGGAGUUGAAUUUCCCCUACCUGACGUUCGAAUGCCUACAAGCACAUGCAGGAAGAGAAAAAGCAUUGAUUGGAUUCGAGGAAGUGGUGCUGCGUUCGGGAAUGCCGAUGCCCGAGAUCUGGACGCGUGUGGAGCAGCUCAGACAGGCAUACUGCUUCCUGCCGUUGAAAGACAAGCUGGCUUCGUCGACUAAUGUCUUCAAAAACAAGAUGAACGCCGAACGAUACUUUUGCAGCGACAAACUUGUCCCAUAUGUACACGCACUCAAGUCGCAGAAUAAUCGUCUGCACCUGGUGCUCGUGGUUGUUCAACUAAUGAAAUUGCCCCUGAUUCGCAGCGCUAGUUUGGCGGACAAAUUGAAUCCUUGCAUCGAGGACUUCGGCGAGUCUGAGGCCAUUGAAAUGCUUUUCGCUGCCAUAGUAGAUAGGCACUCCUAUGCAGUGGCUUCGUUGCAAUAUCAAUUUGAUGCAGCCAUGAUCGACUUAGCCAGAGAGAUGUCCGUGACGCCCAGCUACAUGCCGCAUCUUGUUGGCCAUAAACUGUAUGCGGAUACCGUGAGUAAUAUGCUACUCAAAUGCGUCGAAGUCUUUAUCGGCGAGGAGUCCAAGCGACGAUUGUUGCUUAUUCUGUAUUUGCGAUUCCAAAAACUAUUAAUAGUGCUGCACAAGUCCAUGGGCAAGCUAACGAAAAAAUUCUUUAAGGAUAAACGAACACGGAUGCGCAAACUGAUCAAUUUGACGGAGAACCGAAAUGUUAUUAGUUUCUACACGGAACAGGCCUUGUGCGAAAUUGAGGCUAAGCAUUACCGACUGGGCUUUUCCAUAAUUUCGAGGAUCAUCACAAAAAAAUCGGAAGAAUCCAGCUGCAUUAGUUGCGUGGACACAAUGCAUCUCUAUUUAGUUUGUGCAGAAUUGCAUAUACAUAGGGGCCGCAUAUCUAAGGCCAUCGGCAUACUCGUUUCACUGUGUUUGGAAAAACAUGCCGGAGUAAAGCAGACAACUGUCUACUCCAAGGAACAGGUUUUGAAAGGCCUGAGAAAUGCAGAGAAAAUGGUGCGAGCGGAACUGAAAUCCCUCGAUACCCAGCCAGCUGAGAUGUCUUUGGAGGAGUACUUCCAGCCCAACAAAUUGCUCAUCCUCUUGCGCGCUAUCUGUUUGAUCGAAGUGCUGAAUAAUCGUCGUCAUAAGGAGGCUAGAAUGUGGCUCAAUGACCUGCAGAAUAACGAAUUUGGUCCCGAGGCCGUCAAGGACAGCGAAAGAAAGCGUUUCCUUAGGGAGCAGAUCAUGGAAAUACAGAUGCUACAUCUGCGUUUGUCCUUUUUAGUAUUUGGCGAAGUUGAAUUCUAUACUGGAUUCAAAAAGAUCAAGCUACAUGAACUGCUCGAGAAUGGACUCGAAGAGUUUCCACGAAAUAUGGUGUUUCUACAGCUGUGGGCCAGCUUAAAAUCGAUUAUGUGGCACAAGCAGCGUAGCCGGCUCAUACGCACCAAAGCCGGCAUCGCUUCACUGGCGCACUUGGUCGUUGCGAUUCACAAUCGCUUUGGAAUCGUAGAUACCAACGAUAAGUUUUCAAAGGAAGCCACAAGGAAGAUGGUGUGCAAUCGUUUGGUCAGCAUUGUCGAGACUUUUCUCCCGACCAAUUUAGAUCGUUUGGAUGUGGAGGAAGAGCAUUAUCGCAUACUGCGCAGGAACUCCAUCUAUUGGCGCUUGUACAUGAUUGCCCUAUCCAAAACGAAUGCCUCGUUUAGGCGCAGCAAAGAAGUCCUUAUAAUGGCCAUGGACGAGUGUCCCUGGGACAAGUCACUACUGAUGGAAGGCGCCAAGGUUUUGCCAGUGAAACUAGCAUCGCUACAGGACCUGAUGACCGAAAAAGAGAUUCGCAUUUUCGCUAUGCCCGAGGAAGUGGACGUCUUGAGGGGCUUUUAAGUCGCUUUGGUUUUAUUCGUUUGUUUUGAGGUUAUUUGCCAUUCGGGCGACUCGAUAAGUUCGCAUCAUAAAUAUAUUUAUUUCUUCAAACAAUCUAGUUCUGAAGUUUGCUUCAACUUUAAGUUAACUGGCGAAAUUGCGAUAAGCUGUUUGCAGUUAUAUGCGUACAUGCAUAUUUUACUACAUAUAUCCUAAAUCGCUUAUCAGAAUUGGCUCACUAACAAAUUCAGAAUUAGCGAUUUUGCUACUCAAAAAUACUCGCCGUUCGAUUAUGUUAAAAAAAAAUUCCAACACUUUAUCGCUCGUUGCUGUGCAAGGAAACCAGAGUCGCAUAUCGAAUGUCGGAGAUUAGUCCAACUUCAUCUUCUGGCCAAUCCGCUCCCCCCGAAUCCAGCAUUUUCUUGUGUUUAUUAUUUUGAUUGUGUUUAUCGCAAGAUAACCGAACAAAACUCAUAAGCCAAAACAGCGCCGAAAGAAUCACUGCGCACCUGAGGUCGCAAUUGUAGCACCUGGAAGCUGUGAGACGAACUAAAUACAACAUAUUUGUUAUGUCAUUUUCAUAUCGCUGAAAUGAAACAUAUAUUGCAAAUAGCUUAUUUUUAUAUUACUGAAAUUU